AGACCUAGACGUAGUGCUAGUCGAACAUACUAUGUAUAUCUAUAUUGAUCGUCCUCGGCACGGACGCAUUCUCCUUCCUAAAUCUUUUCUCUUCUUGAUUCCUUCGUAUUUAGUAGAUACGUAAGCGCUACGUAGUGUCUUGAUGCUCGGUCCGUAUGAUCAGUUAGUAUAGAUAAAAAUUCAAAAUGGCUCGAACAAACCAGAAAGCAGCAAAGAACAAAGGGCGCGUUCGCCUAGGCUGUUGUAAUACCUACAUCUUCUCCGUCGAACGCGGCCAAGCCUGGACUCUUUUCGUCUUAGGGAUCGCGUGGAUCCUUGCGAUCCUUUUCCUUCUGAUCGGGCCAUCUUCGUUUUACGAAGAGGGCUAUGGCAGUUCAUCGCACAGACUACCCUAUCCUGCCGAUGAAUGGUUUCGGUAUAGAAAAUGCAGGUUAAUCUCCAAGGAGAAUAUCGCCAAGGAGCCUGAGGAAGUAAGAAAGGCUUUUGGGUUCGGAGACGAACAAGAUGAGCUGGUGUUCGAUAAAAGCGGCCAAGGAAGAUGGGAGAAGAAAGGGAGUAAGAAAAUGAACGACAACGAUGGAGAUUCCUUUAGCGUCUAUUGUCCGGAGAUCAAGGAUGGAGAAGGACAUGCUUCCUCUUCUACUUCUUAUGCAUCUUCUGGUAGUGAAGAAGCUGCUGAUAGGGUGGUGGACGACGACGAAGGCAAAAAAACGAAGAAACAUAAACAGAUACUUCCAGGACAACCUGCUUUCGCCAAGGAACUUCGUCUUUACUUCGUUGAUGCACCUGAAAGUCUUUACAAGAUCUACAAACGCGAUAGAGGAGGCUUUGUGCAGGAGAGUAACAGCAACAGAUUGGAGAGUCAAGCGAAGUAUUUCGGCAUUCAAGAUUUCAAUGCGGAGACGGAAAACAUGCGUGCUGAUCGACUUCGUGCUGAUCGAAAACAUGAAGAUAAAAGACCUAUUUUUUAUUCUGCAGUUGAUGCUGAAAAACCUAUUUCCUUAGUAGGACAAUGGGCGAAAGACUUUACGACAAAUUUUUUAACGCUAGGGCUAGGCGAAGGCAGAAAGAAUGGUGACAAGAAGAAGCAGUCGAAGCAGAUGGAGAUGGAGAAAGGAUUUGACAUCUUUUAAGGCUAGUUUUUCACUACCCCAUGUCUGGGGACCGACUAUGCUGAGUGGAGUCCCCCUGGAUUUAGAGGGGAAACCAAGGCGAAAACGGGCAACUCACUCAACCAGGGAUAGUGAAAGACUAGCGCCAAAUCUUUACACGUGGAGAAAGGGUCUACGGCGACAAGAACCGUAUCUAUGGUUUGGUGUCUGCCCGACGUAGUACUACAACAUCCAGCACUUCUCGUGGUAGAAGUAAGAUUCAUUGGCUUCACGAAGAGCUUGCGAUGAACGGCUUAGUGCGACUAGGGCAGACAAAAGGAGCACCUGGAUAUGAGAAUUUACGUACUGUUACCGAUACUGCUACUGACAGAGAAGAGAUGAAUGAAGGUGAAGGUGAACAUGAAAGCGGAAGCGGAAGUGGUACACGUGGAAGUGGUACACAUGAACAUGAUCCAUCUACUUCUUCUACUUCCACCACACAACCCAGAAUCCCCAAUCUCAGAGACCUAGAAACGAUAAGUAAGAAAGAGAAACGUGGUGGAUGGCUGGAUUCCUAUGACGCAGGUCCAAAUUGGUUGAGUUAUACCUAGAUACAGCUAGAUACGAG